AUGGCCCUAAUCGAAGAAAUCGAAGAUCAAGCCGCGGAUGCAGCAAUCAACGAGCAGGUCGCCGGCCUGGACCUCAACGACCUCAUCGCGCAGGCCGCCGCCCGCCACGGCCACGGCUCCUCCACCCCCGGCUCCAUGGCGCCCGAACUCCCCGCCGCCAUCGCCGGCGUCAAAAACAUGACCACGGAUGAAUUCCUCAAGACCAUGAACAAGAUGCCCCUCUUCAUGACGGAGCUCGACGAGACCAACGCCGAGGGCACGGGCGAGAACAUCGAGCUCGAGGCGCUCAAGGCCCUCGCCUACGAGGGCGAGCCGCACGAGGUCGCCCAGAACUUCCGCAGCCAGGGCAACGACAACUUCAAGGUCAAGCAGUACCGCGACGCCGUCGAGUUCUACACCAAGGCGCUCGCCGUCAAGUGCGGCGUCGCUGAGAUCGAGACGGCGUGCCUGACCAACCGCGCAGCGUGCAACCUGGAGCUCAAGAACUACAGACGGUGCAUCACGGACUGUAAGCUUGCGCUGCAGAUGGCGCCCGCAAACACAAAAGCGUGGUACCGCAGCGCGAAGGCGCUCUACGCGCUCGAGAAGCUCCCAGAGGCGAUGCAGUGCAUCAGCGCGGGGCUUGAGACAGCGCCCGAGAACGCGGCGCUGCUGCAGCUGCAGGCCGAGAUUGCAAAGAAGCAGAACCGCAUCACAGAGAUUGAGCGCCUGCGGAAGGAGCGCGAGGACAAGGCUCUGCGGGAAGCGCAGACGCUGCGCGUAGCACUACUAGCAAGAAAGAUACCCGUCAAGGUGACGCCGCAGCCGCCAGAGCUUGAGGACGCAACACUGCACCUCGAGGACCCGACGGACCCGAAGUCGACGCUGUGUUUUCCGACAGUGUUCCUGUACCCGCUGGCGCUGCAGUCGGACUUCAUCAAGGCGUUUCCUGAGAACAGCACGCUCGCCGAACAGCUCUCCAUGGUGCUCGCUGAGCCGUGUUCGUGGGAUUCGGCGCGAGAGUACUUUCCCGCGAGUAAGGUUGACGCGUACAUGGAGACGGCGGCGGGCGGGCUGAUCAAGGUGGGCAAGAAGGUGCCGUUGUUUGAGACGCUGGGUGGCGGGAAGGUGGUGGUGGUGGACCAGAUAUUGACGGUGCAUUUGGUGCCGAGAGCGAGGACGGAGGAGUUUGUGAAGGACUGGAAAAAGAAGCACCCAACGCCUGCGAAAUAG